GCGGCGAGCGGCGAGUCCAGCUGGGCCCAGCUGCCGCGGAGUGUGCCGGCAGGGAGACGGCGUCGCCGCUGCAGCCGGAUCACCAGUGAUGGCCGCUGGCUGUGCAGUGAUGUGGACAGCGGCGGUGCUGCUGCUGGCGUGCCGCUUCUUGCCGGCGACCGGCCGCAUUACAUUCCCGCAGAGCGACGGGCCGAAGCUGUGUCAAACGUCGCAGGGCGGCGAUGGUGUGUGUGUGUCGCUGCUGUCGCGGCGCUGCUCGCUGUUCACCCGAGUGGAGCAGCUGGUGACGCUGCGGCCGCGCCUCUGCGCCGUCUCCCAGCGCGACGCGCUCGUCUGCUGCCCGCUGGCGGCCGUCGCGCCCGACCGGACAGGCGGAGCGGCGACGCCGCCGCCCAGGUUCGCCACGCCGGGGACAAGGCCCACCAGGCCACCGUCCAGGCCAACUAGGCCGGAGACAAGACCUACCAGACCUCCCAGACCGCAGCCCACCCCCACCAGGCCGGAGACCAGGCCAACUAUUCCCACUAAGCCGCCGACGCGCUUCACCAGACCGACGGCGAGCCCUCCCACCGAAUCGCCACCAACUCGCUCGCGACCCCCGGCUCGCCCCACCGGACCCAGCCGCGGCCAGGGCGCGCCACCCAACCGGCACGCGCCGAUCGGCCUAAGGCCGCGGCCGAGCAACGCACCGUCGCGGGUGGCGCCGACCGCCUCCCCCGGGCGGGUCCGGCCCCACCGGCUACGCGGCUGCGGCAUCAGUCGGCCUCUAACAGCCUUCCGCGCCUUCGGCAACUACUUCCAGCGCCCGCCGUCCUUUGCGCGCGUUACGCCCGUCCAACUGGGCGCACAGCCGUGGACAGCGCUGGUCGGCACCGUGGACGAGGCCGGCGUCACCCACUGGCUCUGCGCCGGCGCGCUGCUUACGCCGCGCAUCGUGCUGACCAACGCGCACUGCGCCGGCGGCUCGCCCCGCCAGCUGCUGGUCGGGCUGGGCGAGCACGACCUGACGUCCGAGUCGGACGGCACAGCCGGCACGCACCCGGUACUGGCCGUGGAGCGGCACCCUGCCUGGACGCAUCCGAGCCGGCGGCACGACCUGGCGCUGCUGCUGCUGGCGCGGCCGGCGGACCAAAGCACGAUGAUCCAGCCCGUUUGCCUGCCGCCGCCGGACCCGACCGACACAGCCCGGCCGCUCCGACCGCCGCCAGGCUCGGAGCUUCGGCUGGUCGGAUACGGCCUGGACGCCACCGCUCUGGACACGGACGGCAGCUCGAGCCGUGGCUGGCAGGAGACCACCACGGCGGCCGUGGCGCCGCUGGCCGACUGUGGCGCCGCCCUGGCGGCAUCGCCGCUCGCCGAGUUUCUGUUCCCGGGCGGAUCGCGCGCCGGGCCCGACCUCUGCCUGGCGGCGGUGCCGCGCUGCGACCAGGACGCUGGCGGCCCGGUGGUGGCGCGCGCCCCCGAUGGCGUCGGUCAGCUGGAGGGACUGCAGCUGAUGGACAGCUGCAUGCCCGGGCAGCCGCAGCUGGCGCUGCGCGUGCGCCACUACGUGCCCUUCAUCCUGGAGACCAUGGACCGGCUGCUGCAGCGGGUCGGCAGAGUGUAGGUCAUCGCGCGACACUGCGACAGGCAACGCACCGCGCUCACUGGCGUCAGUGCUGAGUGAAUGGUCGUUGUCGUACGGAAAAGUUGUUCUGCCUACGAUGUACAUGAUUUGGUUUGGUACCAAGGGGACGCGCCAGCAUGGAGGCGAUUCGGAAUCCAGGGUACUUCAACCACUGAUGUGGCACGAUGGCUGGGGCUCUUACAAGGCGGCUGGAUAGAUCACGCCCUGAAGAGAUAGCGGCAUCUAAGCCAGCGAGAGGUAACAGUAUCUGGAUGACGAAACUGGACCGUGUUCGAGACGAGACGAAAGCUUGUCUGUUAAAUAGGGCGGAAAUAUAUUUGCAAAGCGUUUA